ACGGGGGUGGGGGAGUUAUAAAGUAUAAAAAAAAAGAAGCAGCCCGCCAGGAAGUCCCGCCUCUUCCGGCUCCGGCUUGACCAAUCGUUGCGGAGGAAGUGCUGACGCGAUAUUUAAAUAUCCUGGAAGGGCGGGGAAUGGGUUGAUGUUGCCAAUGAUCUUCUUAUGAAAUGUCAUAUAAAUCUACAUGUGACGAAGCUCUCAGAAUGUGAUGCCAGUGUAUUUGUGCGUCUUUAUGAGUCAAUCUUGGGAGAAAAAGUACCAGAUCUCAUUGCCACUCCCAGAAGCCAAGAGGAUGAUGCACAUAAUGUACAAGCAGUAAUAGAUUCUCUGGCAUUAGACUACUUGCAGGUCAGCUUGUCACACAUCACUGGAGAGAACAUUGUGAAAGGAGAGAGAGAAUCUAUCAGAAAUCUGUUAGAAAUAUUUGAUGGCCUGCUCGAAUAUCUUACUGAAGAAAUCAGUGAAGCUUCUUCUCAGAAGGGGGAGGAACCUGACCAGCGAGCUAACAAUGAUAUUCAAAGUGCACUUCAAGAGCAGCAGGAAGGUGACUUUGAGGAAACUGUGCCACUUCUGAAACUCUCAUCAGUUGCAGAGUCUUCCCAGUCAGAUAUUUUUGUCCCGUCUUGGGAGGUAGAAGGAUCAGAAUCAACUAGUGAGUUAAUCAGGCUUGGCGACACUGCUCAUUCAUUUUCACUAAGAAAGGAAGAGUUCCAGCUCCCUGAAUUGUUGCCAGCAGAGAGAGAGAGGUCUAAGGAGAUUAAGGAACCUGAAGACACUGAGUCUAAUGUGGCACCUUGUCCACUCAUGGCAUCAUCUAGUCAGCUUUCUAGCAGCAGAAGAGCACUUGUAAAAGAGAGAGAAGGAUCAACGGAUUCUGUUCAUUCCACUGAAUUUGUCAAAGAGAGUUUGAGUUCUAGUGCUAAAAAGCUUGGAGAGCCCAUACGCCCAGCCAUUCCUUUGCAACCACCAUAUCAGCCUCCUGAACCCAGGUCCUAUUAUUCCAUGGGAAGAGGAUACCAAAACUCAGCCAAACAGUCCCCAGAUUUGUCUAACAGUCAUGGGCUUGAAACUUCUGUUAUUAUAGAGCCACUUACACAGGAGUCAGCUGCUUCUGAUAGUGUUCCUCUGUCAAGGCUUGCUCCUGUUUUUCCAGCUGGAGAUAAGGCAGCGUCAAAAGUUGAGCUAAAUGGCAUGUAUAGUGUGGAUGAGGUUGUUGAUGUAGAUGGCUCACAUACAUCAACUCCCUGCUUAAAAAAAGACCUCUCACAAUGCACUGAGCAGAUAUCAGUAGCACGAAUCACAAAACCUGAAACAAGUAUUCCAUCUAGUGGAAAAAGAUAUGAAAAUUUUAUCACAGAUUCACUUGGAGAGGAACCCCUUUCAGGCAGAAGGACCAAGGAUAAAUUAUCUGAGCAAGAGCUGCAUGAAAUGUCAGAAAAACUCUCUCGUAGGUUAAAUGAACUAGAUUUAAUGUUAAAGAGAGCUUUGGGUGAGCAACACAGGGAAGAGAUGUUGACAGAUGAAGAUAAACUCUCUCAGCACAGUGACAGUGUCAUGGAUUAUCGGGGAAGGAAACCUCAGCCAGCCACCCCACAUCCAAAAAGAUUUCUUAGCAGGCCACGAUCCCUUUCUCCAUCCCCACCCUCACCCCGGUAUCUAUUUCACUCUGAGUUUGAAGAUGCUCUUCAGAGAGAUUCAAGAGGCCAAAUGGGGAAAAUGCGCAAGCAAUUGCAAAAGGAAAUGGACCAGAGAAGAAUAAAAGCAAAGUUGCUGACUAAAGCCUAUGAAGAUGAAUUAAGAAUUUUUGAAGCUAGAGAGAAACUGGGGCUUUCCAACCUAAAAGCAAAAGCCAGAGAAGUGGAACAAGAAUACCAAGAAAACAUCUUUAAAGAACCUCCAAAAAUGCCUCGGCCAGCGAAAGUUUAUUCUAGAAAAACCACACCUCGGAAUCCCAAACAGAGUCAGUGGAUUCCAAGAGGAGGGUUUGUGAAGCCAAAGAAAGCAGCUCCAAUGAAAGUAAAGGACAAUGACCUUCUGCCUCUGCUACUGGAAGAAUUUCCAUACCUGCACAUUUCCCACCACUCUCUGAACAAAAUGUGGCACCAGCAGCUUGCCCAGAUUGAACAGAUGAAGUCUGCUUCUGGCAAAGGCCGAUCCAGGCUGAAACUCCAAAGUGAAGUGGAAGAAGCACUAAAGAAGCACGACCUCCUUGUUGAAAUCAUAAAGAAAGAUCAAGACCAUAACAAGAGACUGCAAGAGUUUAAGCAACGCAUAUAUCGGCAAAAGUUUACUCAGAAUAAAGUGAAAGAGAAACGUCAGCAAAUUGCUCGAGCCAAGAAGUACUAUGAAGAUUACCGCGUUCGGCUGCAUGCCAAAAUGAUGCGGGCUAGGACCCGGGAAGAAAGGAUAUUUAAGAAUUUAUUCGAAGAAGGUUUAGAAAUUCAGAAGCAAAGGCUGCAGGAGCUGAGACUGUAUAGUAAAGAAAAGCGGGCUGAGCAAAGAAGAGUACACCAGAAUGAAUUAGAGUCUAUGGAGAACUACUACAAGGACCAGUUUUCAAUGCUGGCAGAAGCUGUAUCACAAGAACGUCAAGAAAUCCAAGCCAGAGAGAAAGCACAAGCAAAAACACUGCACAAAACAAAAAGGGAGUUAAGGUCAAAGAUGGAAAAGGAAAUUCAACAGCUGCAGACUAUGAUAACGCAGAAUGACGACGACACUUUUUUCCGGGAGCUAGAAGCAGAACGACUGAAAUCCAGACUUCAAAUGGCUUCUUUUCAGUAUAGCAAAAGCUAUUUCUUGUAAGACUUACACUAACUGUUCAAUGUCAAUGCAGCUUUUAUUUCUGGCAUACUCUGGGGAAUUCACAACCAGAAGACGGUGGCUGGUUCUUUAAAAUGUCUGUGUGGUUUGCAAUGUCAGAGGCAUGGUGUGGAUGUAAGUGGCAAGAACUAGAACCUGAGUAUUUAAUAAAGUUUAAUCAGUGUAA